AGAGUCGGCGGCGCCCACCUUUCAGAUUACGACGGAUUCGGCACUCGGUGGUGAAGUUGGAUUUGGAGUGUGAUUGCUGGUGGGGGGGGAACGGAAGCGUUGUCUGGCUCGGUGGCAGGGCGGUGUGACGAAGCUGCGGUGUCUCCGAGGGAGAGAGGGGGGCGAGUGAAGCCGGCGGAAUGGGGUGUACGUUCAGCACCGAGGACAAAGAUGCGGUGGAGAGGUCCAAGAUGAUCGACCGGAAUCUGAGGGAGGACGGAGAAAAAGCGGCGAGGGAAGUCAAGCUGCUGCUCUUGGGUGCUGGUGAAUCUGGCAAAAGCACCAUUGUUAAACAAAUGAAGAUUAUACAUGAGGCUGGUUAUUCGGAAGAAGAAUGCAAACAAUAUAAAGCUGUUGUCUACAGCAACACAAUUCAGUCCAUUAUUGCCAUUAUUCGAGCAAUGGGAAGGCUGAAGAUCGACUUUGGUGAUUCUGCAAGAGCUGAUGAUGCUCGCCAGUUGUUCGUUUUGGCGGGUGGCGCUGAAGAAGGUUUUAUGACAGUGGAGCUUGCUGGAGUAAUCAAAAGACUCUGGAAGGAUAGUGGUGUUCAGGCCUGCUUUAGUAGGUCUAGAGAAUAUCAACUCAAUGAUUCUGCUGCAUAUUAUCUGAAUGAUUUGGACAGGGUGGCACAAGCAAGUUACAUUCCAACUCAGCAAGAUGUACUGAGGACCAGAGUUAAAACAACGGGCAUUGUGGAGACCCAUUUCACAUUUAAGGACCUGCACUUUAAAAUGUUUGAUGUGGGAGGUCAGAGGUCUGAGCGCAAAAAGUGGAUCCAUUGUUUCGAAGGUGUAACUGCCAUCAUAUUUUGUGUGGCACUCAGCGAUUAUGAUCUUGUUCUUGCAGAAGAUGAGGAGAUGAACCGAAUGCACGAGAGCAUGAAGCUAUUUGAUAGCAUCUGUAACAACAAAUGGUUCACAGACACAUCUAUCAUACUCUUCUUGAAUAAGAAAGAUCUCUUUGAAGAGAAAAUAAAAAGAAGCCCCCUUACAAUUUGCUUUCCUGAAUAUGCAGGAUCAAACACCUAUGAAGAGGCUGCAGCUUAUAUACAAUGUCAAUUUGAGGAUUUGAACAAACGAAAGGACACUAAGGAAAUCUACACCCACUUCACAUGUGCCACAGACACCAAAAAUGUGCAAUUUGUGUUUGAUGCAGUCACUGAUGUCAUUAUAAAGAAUAACUUAAAGGACUGUGGUCUGUUUUAAAGCUGUUGAAGGGAUUGAUUGAAAAUAACUAUUCAGUCGAACCCACCUGCUUCUGGAUUAAAGUAAGGGAAGAUGUACCCUUUGGAGGACCAGUACUGUACAAUUUGCCAGUUAUAACAGCUUUAUUUAUGUUUGUCUUGAAUAUUUUCUAAGUAAUUAGAAUAGUGUACUUUGAGCAUUUUGUGUCCCAUUUGUUUGUAUGCCUGUAACUGUAGCAUUGUUUAUUGUAAGACUUUUACAGGUUUUUCCCCCCUAAAAUCCUCUAUUUUAGAAUUGCAUCUCUAAGAGGAGGAAAAUUUGUACUCUUAGCUUGCUUAAGAAGAUAAGCAACACAUUUCCAUUUCUAGCUUUUGUUAAUUCUGCAUGCCUUGUUAAUUGUGCAAGGUAUUAUGCUUGGCAGAAUGUAGCAUGAGUGCGUUAAAAGCUAACAGGUUUCUUGUGAUCGCCUUAUUUGCAUUCACUCAUUGAUUGAGAGCACAUUGCUAUGUAUGCUCCAUUUCAGAAAGGUUUUUAAUCAGUUCACUGCUGCUUACAGCAGAGUACUAACUGUCAUUAUUCUACAUUGCCUUAAAGGUAAUGGUGAAAUUUUAUACACUUUUAACUGAAACAAAAUACGUGUUUUUGUAUGUAAGACUUGACAUUUGUAUAUGUAUUUCUUGGAAAGCAUCGUUUGGCAUAUGGGAGAGUGAAAAGAUCGAACUGAUCAAACGAUCAGUUAAUAAAAUUUCAGUGACCUGGGGAGUGUCAAUAAAAUGUAAGAAUAUAUGCUCCACCAAAAACAUCGACUCCAUGUUUCAGAAUGGGUGACCUUUUACAACGAAACAAAAUAAAUUGGAGAAUUCUGGUGAGUAGUACCAGAAAUAAAGGUACUUUUGAGUUUGACCUUGCAGAAGUACAUUUUGUCUUUUUUUAAACGGUUUCUCUGAGCAUACACUUGAGGUCAAGUUUUAAGUCUGUUUCAGAUGCUUCCUGCUGUACAGGAUACCAACUUCCCCACUAUUUCUGCCCAUGGCAUUAUCAUUUUUUGAUCAAUGUCAUUUUUUACUUUAGUUUCUUUCAGGUGGUUAAUUUUAUGUUAAUUAGAUGCUAAAGAUUUACAUCUCGUAUCUUUUACUACCGCAAGAUGGGACUAUGUAAAGUGUAUUCAUGAAGUCUUGGUAAAAGUUGUCACUUACUGAAUUUUGUAGAUAUUUUUUUUGCUGGUUUUUAGAUGUUUUUGUUUAAAUUAGUAUCACCUGUGUAUAUGUUUGACCAAUUUUAACAUUUAUUUCUAACGUGUCUGAUACAGUUAUGUAAAGCAAAGUAUAAAGUGCAUGCAUUUUUUGACUGCGAUGCAGGACCAUAAUCAUUAUCAAUAUGAUUUUAUACUGUUAAAGCUGUUACAUAGGUCCUAAAGAAUAUGCAGAUUAAAAGCAGGUACCUAAAUAAAUAAUAAUUGUCAAUUCUUGGAGCUAUUUUGUGCAUUUGAGUGGCAUAGGCCAAGAUUAUUGUUAAAUGUACUGUCUGUACAGACGAAUUUAUGUAAAAUUUAUUUUUAGUUUGUUGACCUACAGAUAAGCAUUAAAUGAGUUGCAAACUUCAUUGAUUUUUAAAUGUAACAAAAAGGCAUUUAUAAAAUAACUAAAACAUUAAUCCUUGUAUGUUGGGUCAACAGACAUGCUACAUUAUCCUUGAUUUUCUUUAAAAUAUACCCUCUUCAUUUGUAAGAGGCAAUUGGGACUUGGAUAGCUAAUAGUCAGUAAAGGAUUAUUUACAAUUAGUCCAAAUACUUUGUGCCUUGCUGAUGAGCAACUUUUUUGUCAACCAGAUCUUAUUUCAUGAAACAUUUUCUGACCAAUGUUGCUAGUCCGGUCUACCUGUACCGUCAUAAAAGGGAAAUGUAUGAUGGGGGUUCAAGACCGGACUAGCAACAUCACACAACACCAGAAAGAGAUUACCACCUUUUUGGAUGGAAUAAAUGAAAACCAGGGAUGGGGGAAUUGGGGAUUAGGGGGAGUAUACAACUGGAUCAUCAGCAUUGCCAUCUAUGCUGCUAUAGUAGUUACUUGCUUAUUUGUGGGGAUUGCUAUUGUAAAGUGUAUCAUAGCCCGAUUAAUGGUGGCUUUAUCGGGUUUGGGGACCACCCCCGAGGAAACUAAAAAUUCUGUACGAAUGAUGAUCUUACAGCGUGAGCAGGAGAGACUGUUAUCAUUCCCCAACGACAGCGAAAACGAUGAAGUGAGUGAGGAAGGAGAAUUAGGGGACAAAGGUCAGACGGUCCAAGAAGCCUUGG